AUGUGGACAUCAGACAUAGACGGAGUUAGAGAGUUGGUAAAAUCGACGGUGGAAGUUGCUGAAAGUCUUGAGAAAGACACCCCUUGGGCAAUAGAUGAGCACGUGGUUGCUAAAAUUGAAGACAUAUCUUCCCAGCUCAAGAUUCAUGACAACUAUGGAAAAGAUUUUCAACUUGCCGUUGAUAUUUUAGUCAAUGUCGAAAAAUCAGUUGUACUGUAUGAAUCAAUGUUUGAGUUUCUUGAACACGCAGAUCUGUUAUGUUACCUGAUUGGAUCCAGGACUACUACAUUCCCAAAUCUUCAUCCACUUUUAAACAGUGAUACUGACAAUUGUGCGCCUACGCUGUUUCGUUUUGUAGCGAGUCUGGAGAUCGGUAUCAAAUGUUCGAAAACUCUGAAAAUUUUAGAGGAUAUGUGUAAAAGAAAGAGUGUUGAGAUUGACGUGGUGAGUGUGAUCGGAGGCGUUGAGAGAGACAGAGACAAUAAUUUUGAUGACAGUGAAACUGAGAGCGAAAGUGACAGUGACAGUGACAGUGAAUCUAGUGAUGAGAGUGACAGCGGCAAUGAAAUGGACAACGAAGUUCACGAUGAAGUGGACGGCGACGUUUACGACGAAGUGGACGGCGACGUUCACGACGAAGUGGACGGCGACGUUCACGACGUACUGGACGGCGAAGUUCCCGACGAAGUGGACAACGAAGUUCACAGAGAAGUGGACGUCGAUGAAAACUAUGAGACGGCACCUAUGGAUGGAUCUGGAGUCAGAAAACGGAGACGCACUGAUGCUGUUGACGUGGAAGCUGAGGAAAUAGAGGCGAAGAGAGUUGAACUUGAGCAAUCUCAAGAGCAGCACGACAUUGAUGAAGUACGCAAAGCAUCCAUGCAACGUCGUGAAUACAGAUUAAACUUCACCAUUGACAGAUUCUAUGCGUUAGCCGAUGAUUACCCAAAAGGCACUUAUCAAGAAUUCAUUAGGGAUCAGGAUCCAGAAUAUAUUUUCAAAGUGCGGUUUUAUCCAAAUGGCGACGAGAUAUAUUCAGGAUUAAUGAUCAAUCUGAUUGUGAAUAGAAAAGUCCCCUUGGCUGCUGGAGAGAAUAGCCAUGCUUAUUUGGAAGUAAUGAAUACCUUGUUUCUGAACGGAUCUCAAGUGCGUUGUAUCUUAGACUCACAAAAUAACAGUCUAACGUACAAAGAAAAAGUCGAUUUGCGCGCCCCAAUCUGUUAUACCAAUGCACCAUCAAGAGAUGCGUUCAAUAAAAACUCCGGAAAAUGUAAUGUCUCAAAUAACUCUGAAUUUUUUAAGAAGAUUCAGAAAAUUCCAGACUAUUGUAUUUCACGAACUCAAUUCGCUGACUAG